GAGAACUGGGGGUGAGGCUGCGGCCCCACAGCAAAGCAGCACCCGGCUCCCACCCCAGGACCAUGAUCCCCGCCAAGGAGAAGACCAGGGCUCCCAAGGACAGCAUGACGCUCCUGCCCUGCUUCUACUUCGUGGAGCUGCCCAUCGUGGCCUCCUCCAUCGUGACGCUCUAUUUCCUGGAGCUGACCGACCUCUUCAAGCCGGCCAAGGUGGGCUUCCAGUGCUACGACCGCGCGCUCUCCAUGCCCUAUGUGGAGACCAACGAGGAGCUCAUCCCACUGCUCAUGCUGCUCAGCCUGGCCUUCGCCGCGCCGGCUGCAUCGAUCAUGGUUGGGGAGGGCAUCGUGUACUGCCUGCAGUCGCGGCUGAAGGGCCGCGCCGGCGCCGAGGGCAGCAUUAACGCCGGCGGUUGCAACUUCAACUCCUUCCUGCGCCGCACCGUAAGGUUUGUGGGGGUCCACGUGUUCGGGCUCUGUGCCACGGCGCUGGUGACGGACGUCAUCCAAUUGGCCACCGGCUACCACGCUCCCUUCUUCCUGACCGUCUGCAAGCCCAACUACACGCUGCUGGGCACCCCUUGCGAUGCCAACCCCUACAUCACCCAGGACAUCUGCUCGGGCACGGACAAACACGCCAUCCUCUCUGCCAGGAAAACCUUCCCAUCCCAGCACGCAACGCUCUCGGCGUUCGCUGCCGUCUACGUGUCGAUGUAUUUCAAUUCCAUCAUCUCGGACAGCACCAAACUCCUCAAGCCCAUCCUGGUCUUCGCCUUCGCCAUCGCCGCCGGCAUCUGCGGCCUGACCCAGAUCACCCAGUACCGCAGCCACCCGGCCGACGUCUACGUGGGCUUCCUCAUCGGCUCCGGCAUCGCUGCCUACCUGGCGUUCCACGCUGUCGGCAACUUCCGCGCCCCGACCGAGAGGAUCCCGGUGCCGGCGCCGGCCAAGGAUGCUCUGCGGGCGCUGACGCAGCGGGGCCACGACUCCGUGUACCAGCAGAACAAGUCGGUGAGCACCGACGAGCUGAACCCGCAGGCGCGGCUGGAGGAGGCGGCGCGACCGGUGCCGCGGGAGAAGAACUCCCUGGGGAGCCUGAAGCGGGCGAGCGUGGACGUGGACCUGCUGGCCCCCCGCAGCCCCAUGGGCAAGGAGAACAUGGUGACCUUCAGCAACACCCUGCCCCGCGUCAACACGCCGUCCAUGGACGACCCCGCGCGCCGGCACAUGACCAUCCACGUCCCCGUGGACGCCUCCCGCUCCAAGCAGCUCAUCACCGAGUGGAAGCAGAAGUCACUGGAGGGCCGGAGCAUGACGCUGGCGGAGGAGGCGGCGCAGGGCCGUGGUGCCGGGGAUGCCGCUGAGGACGUGCCCCCGUCGCUGUACCCCACGGUGCAGGCGCGCGCGGCCGAGCGGGCGGCCGUGGGGCCCCGCGUCCUCAUCCAGCCCCGCGCGGGCGCCUCGCAGCUCGUGCACAUCCCCGAGGAGACCCAGGCGGGCGCCGGGGUCCCCGCCGGGGCCAGCGCAGCCGCGAGGGCCAAGUGGGUGAUGGUGGCCGAGAAAGGGGGUGCGCAGCGGGUGGCCAACCCCCCGCGCCUCAUGCAGGUCAUCGCCAUGUCCAAGCAGCAGGGCAUGGUCUCCGUCACCCCCAAGCACUCGGAGACGUCGUCGUCGUCCACCAGCUCCGACUCCUCGCAGUACCGCUCGCCCUCGGAGCGGGACAGCUCCAGCAUCAUCACCAUCGACGCCCAUGCCCCCCAUCACCCCGUCGUCCAUCUCUCCGCCGGCAACGGGCCCUGGGAGUGGAAAUCGGGGCCCAAGGGCCCCGAGGGGCCGGAUGCCUACGAGCUGGGUGAGAUGGGGAAGGAGUUCCGCGGCUUCCACCCGGCCAAGAGCGCCGGCGUCUCGCCGGGCUCCUCCAUCAGCGACAUGGAGCAGGACGAGCCGCGCUACGGCAGCCUGGCCGCCAUGGCCGGGGGCGAGCGGGGGGGGGACACCGAGGGGCUGCCGGGCACCGCCAGCCGCGAGUCCACGCUGCGGAGGAAGCCGGCGGCGGAGCGGGAGGCGCAGGGGGACAGCGAUGGGGACCACUACUACAAGAAAAUGCAAGCCGGGCGCAGGUUUAAGGACUGAGGCCCCCCCCCACUCUCUGACCCCGGUGCCUUCCCCACG